CUUUAAUGAAAUUUCAAUUCAGCCAUGAACACCUUUGUUAGACUGUCUAUUUUCAUCAGUUUAGUGUCGUUGGUAAAGAAUGUAUCAACAGAAUGCAACAAUACCACUGGUAUGAUAGAACAAAAGACGGUCGGUAAUAUUCUAUCAUUGUCGUGUCCGCCACAGAAUAACCAUAUAAGAUGGGAACAUCACAGCAGCAAUGUUCUCUUGAGGACCUUUCAUACUCCAAAUUUCACAAUAUUAAACAUUUCCUAUUUAGAUAUUGGAACUUAUCAGUGUUUAAAUACACAAGAUUCUUGCAUUAGGAAAAAAGUAAUUCUAAACGUUCAAGGACCUCCCGCUUUUUUAAGAGCAGAGAAGUACAUCGGCAUUGGCGAAACAAAGAUGAUUUUAAUUGCAUCUGAAUUAAUAAGUUUUCCGCGGCCAGACGAGAACGUUACAAUCAAAGCAUGUGGAGCAGAAAACCAAAAGGAAAUAAAUGCUACAGAAUACCAGUCAGUAUUGGUGAAAGCAAGUCGAUAUAAUUCAGAUUUUGAAAUCACUGGAUAUCGUAUCAAUAUUACGAUCGAUCCUUCAACUUUAACUGGAGAAACUCUUACCUGUAUAGAAGUAUAUAUAUCAAACAACAUUGGAGAAACGAUGUUUAGGUUGUACUUAACCACCGAAUACAGUGAUUUUGACAACAGAGGAUCAUUUUUUAAAUUUCUUCGGGAGAAUACCUUUUUGGUGUCUCUAAGUGGACUAGGAAUGCUACUACUGAUAAUUCUAAUUGUACUCAUUACUUUGUGCAGGCGUCUUAAACGGGUGGAAACAAUGAAAGUGUCCGAGUCGUAUGAUCCUAUGAGAACUCAAUCAGUCCGCACAACAAAUCAUAAUAACAGUAACACUUUGUGGAGCGACACAGUGCCAGGUCAAACAAGAUUUGACCCUGAUCAAACCUUGCAGUUAAGAGUGGAAUUAUAUGAACAGAAUGCUGGAAAAUCGUUUGCUAGAACACAGAACCCAGGAGUGUAUAGUUUUCAACAAAUCGAAAGACUUAGUGACGAAGAAUAUGAUGAUUUUCUAUAAAUGGGAUAUGUUCUAUGUGUUCGUUUGCUUUUACUGUGCUCCUGUUAAAUACAUUUUUAUUGUUGUGAAUAUACAGGCGAUUAUUGAAAUAUAAAUAAAGCAACAAAUAAACGAC